AAAUUAUUAUUAUGUAGGCCUACAUGCAAAAGUUAAGUACGAAACUAAAAUGUUGAUAAAGACGCUCAAUGGCUAGCUUUGUAUGGUCGUGUUUUGAACCGAAUGUAGUUCUCUAAACACCUGUUGAAAGAUGGCUGACAUAGGUGUGCUGAAGUCGACACCGGGCGGUCAUGACUUUCUCCACGAUUUCUCCACCACCCUGCAGCAGAUGAUGGGGGACCUGGAUUUUUCUACCUUUCGUGUUUCGGAGGAAUCAGGUUGUGAUGAGAACACUUUCUGUACCCCGGACACCAUCGAUCAGUGCAUUUCCUUCCUGAACCAGGAAUUACUCUCUCUUGGGUUUAAAGCUUUAUCCUAUGACAACCAGACUAAGAUGACAUGCCUAAUAAAUCGCCUGUAUCAGAUUCUACGGCUAUUCCAGAGGCAUGGCCGCACAAAGGAGGAACUAGAAAAUAGGCUUCGUCGGGUGACCAGUGAAUGUGAACAUUAUCAGGGUACCAUAGCAAGGCUCAAGACAGAGAAGGAAAAACUUCUGAGGGAUGUGUGUGUGGAACAGGAGAAAAGUCGACAGCUGUUGGUCAAGCACAAGACCAACUCUUCCAAGCUCAAGUCUGAGAGAGAGGAGGUGAAGAGACUGCUGAGUGUGAUCAGAGACCGGGACACCCAGUACAAGCACGACCUGAAGAAGAAGGAGCGAGAGAGCAAUAAGCUGAAGGAGAGGAUCCACCAGCUGCUGGCUGACAAGACGCCCAACAGGAGAGUGGGCUUGGAUAUUGCUUUCUCCCUACAGAGUUCUGAUGGCAAACGAAGCCAGUGGAGGUCUACGUCUAACAAACAAGAAGAGAUGUACCAGCACCUAAUGACAGGGUAUGAGGCCAAACAGAAGGAACUGCUGGUGGAGAACAAUGAGUUGAGGACCAGUCUUGCUCACAUUCACAGGGACAUCAGUAAAGCCCUGGGACUCAGCCAUCAUCUCACCUCUCAUUCCACAAAGGUCACCACAUCUCCAGAUUCCGAGUCCUGUUCCAGUGAUGAGGAGUCUAAUUACCCAUCAGUCACUGACUGCAGCUCAAACGACAUUGAUGGUUAUUUCCAGAUGCCUUAUGACAUGAUUAGAGAAAAUUUAGAGAACAUGUUUAAAGAACGGUUAAAGAGAUUAAAGGAAAGGAAAAAGAGGAAACUGCCAAGUCCAACCAAAUCCACUAAAUCUAGUCCGUCCAGACUGUCUACAGCCAAGCCUUAUGACAUGGAACAGUUCAAGAAAGAAAUGGAAAUACUGAAAAGGCAGAUCAAGACCUAUGAAGAGCAGAUAGAGAGACACAAGAGAGAGAAGGAGAAUUACAAGGAGGUGAUACAGCAACAAGAGGAUAUGAUACAGAAUUCCAUUCAAACACAUAAACAUCAGAACUCAGGGGAGGUAUUUUUGGAUGAUUCCAAGCUGGUACAGGAAAAGGAAAGUCUCCUGGAGCAGAAGAAAUUGUUUCACGAGGAGAAAACCAACUUCCUGGAGGAGAGAAAGCAGUUCACAGAGGCAGCCAUUAAAUUGGGGAAAGAGAGAAGGGCAUUAGAAGAAGAAAAGACCACCAUUUUGAAAAACCAGUUCCUCCAGAUAUCUCCAUUUAGAUCACCGACAGAGAAAUCCACUCCUCAAAAAGAUUCAGUCCGCCUCCUUCCUUCCACUCCUCUGUUUUCCCCCGCGCCAUCAGGGCAGCCAAAAACUCCCUCCACCGUGGAACUCUUUAGAUUCCUUGGGAUAACUCCUCAGGAACAGUUUCUUCAGCACAAAAACUCAACUCUGGAUGACAGCAGCAGUGAACUGAAGCGCUCACACAGCUCUGAGUACCUGAAUAACAGCACAAUGACCAACUCGGCUCACAACGACCUAUCUCUAUUUGCUGGACAGUUGGACUCGGCGAGAAAGACAUUGUUUUACCGACGCUCCAGUACAGGGAGUAAUGAAGACCUUGGGGUGUAGGGAUCAACACAGCUGUCCGCGUGCUGCUCUUUUGAUAUUACUUACCAUAUUUAAGACAUGAAAUGGCCUUCAUUGUUUACAUACAUUGAACUUCUGCAGGGUGUCAUACCUUUAAUGUUCCUUGCCAGUGAGAAGAUAUCUAUUUUUGAACAUUGCAAAUACUGAUGAUGUAAUAUAGUCAUUUUUGAUGUACCUGUGAUUUCACCAGACAUAUCAAACUAUACAUGUGUAGAGUAAGUGUGUAUAGAUAAUUUAUUUAGAUUCAAAUUUAUGUUGGGAAAAAAUCCACACAAAUAUUCAAAUAAUGUUGGAAAAUCCAUGUAAUGAAGACCAACAAAAUGCAGAUUGAAACUCUACCGAUUUCAAGAAUAUCAUCAAUAGUUUUUUUUCAAACAACUCCUUAGAUGAUAAUUUUGAAAUCUAUUUAAUUUUAAUCAAGUUCUGUCAUUUUUAUAUUAUAUAUGUUAAAUGCGUUGAAUUAUGUAUUUUGGAUGUAUGAAAAAUUGGAGACUGUGUAGCAGUAGUCUAUUUUAAUUCCAAGAUGAAACUUUACAAAUUUCUAUACACCAUAGUAAUGUUAUAGGACAGGGUGAUAUUUUUUAUGUCUUUGAUAAGUGAUCUCUAAAUUCAUUGAAAUACAAGAUAUUUUUUGUUGAUGUCAAUUUACAAUUGAAAUUCUCUGAAUAUUUCAUGUUUACCACAAAGUUUUGGGAGGUUUUGUAUCAUCUAAAAUUAGAUUUCCAACAUCAGAUUUGUAUGGGGUUUUUUCUUGUCACAAAAAGAAACAAUAGGUUUUCUUUGAGGAAUAUCUCGGUGUUAUCUCAAGCAUACCAGCAUCUCGAAGCUUUACACUGGAGGGGGUUUACAUCUAGUUUCAACAGAAGCAUGUGUUCAAUGUUCAACAAACAUAUCAAUUUCUCCAUGAUUGCAUAUCAUUCUUCAUAUUGAGGAUUUGUCAUUUGUAUUACAUUCCACGUCAUGCUGAAUUAGUGCCUAACUUGAUAAGGAUUUUUAUUGUGUGUAUUGUUGACGUUUCAGAGGUUUUUUUCUGAAAUUAAAUAAAAAUUAAUAUUUUUGCUAAAA